AUGAAUAAGCUCCUGAAGCUGUCGCUUUUCGGGAGCCUCGUCGCUGCCGCAGCGCAAAGUGGUGACGCACGCCUCCACGCGCGCUCUAGCGCCCCAAAGUGUAACACCACCGCCUCGACACUAUCACUCAGCGACCCGCCCUACGACAAUUACUUCUAUUCAGACUGCAAUGUCGCCGCCCAAGCUGUCGUCACGAGCCCCCUUCCACAAAGCAACCUCUCCAUCAUCGGCCCCCGGCUGAUCGUAGCCUGGCCCGCAGGUAACAGCGGCGUAUGUGCAUACUUUGCGCCUCAGAAUGGCGCCAAUGGCACCUUGUCCAUUAAGAUGGUCAAUUCCACAGUUGGCCAGCCCCUGGGUCCCGUAUACACGGCUGUAUCAAACAGUUCCGCAAACCCGAGCGUCGGUGUCCAGGGCGUGUUACGCUUCAAUUCCUCUGCCACACUGACAGUCCCUAUCCUGGGUAGUAUCCGUACUAUCCGCGACUUUGUCGAGGGUCCUAGUCUCCUCCAUUCCGAGAUCCAGGAUGCCAUCCAGUUCAUCGCGUAUGACAAUGGUAGCGCCUCGCUGCAGCGUACUUGGCUGGACAAUGUCACUUCUACAUCGCUCACCUUUACCCCGUAUCCAAACGGCACGAGCGGAAAUGUGACCGUCUUCAACCGCACACUCUCCUUCACGGCUGGUGACUACCUUAUCUCUGCGUCCAUGAACUACCCGCAACUCACGGCUCUCAAGUCAUCAUCAGUGCUGAACAGUGCAUCGAGCAAUCUGACCACGACUAACCCGGGCCAGGUCGAUGCACUGUCAUUCCUGUCGUAUUCAGAGAAGCUGCUGGCUGGUGCAUGGCGCUUCUUGACGUACUUUGGACGCGACUCGAUGAUCUCGGCGCUGCUUUUGGAGCCCGUGCUCAGCUCGGGAAAUGGAAGUGCUAUGGAAGCUGUUAUCGGGGCUGUGUUGGAGCGAGUGAACCGUACUGAUGGUAGUGUCUGUCAUGAGGAGACUAUUGGUGAUUAUGCGACGUGGACGAAUUUGCAGAACAACAUCACGAGUAAUGCUAUGGUCUGCGACUAUAAGAUGGUCGAUACGGAUUAUUAUCUUCCUGUUUUGAUGCAGAAGUAUUUCUUCGAUAACCCCGUUGGACACAAACGAGCUGCGGCUUUCUUCAAUACUUCGGCUGGAUUGAUCAAUGCCGAGAACCAGAACCUGACAUGGGGUGAUCUUGCACUGAUUAGUGCUGAGCGUGUCAUGCGUCUUGCUCGUCCUUUCGCAGAGAACCAGACAAAGGCAAAUCUGGUUCAUCUCAAGGAUGGACAAGUGGUCGGAGAAUGGAGAGACAGUGAAUUCGGUAUGCGUGAGCCUGCAAUGCCGAGUAAAAGUUAUCUAACUUAUCAUGCAACAGGUAUUGGUGGAGGACGCAUCCCCUACGAUGUAAACACGGCCCUCAUCCCAGCAGCACUUCGCUCCAUCGCCGUCCUGGCCCGUCAGGGUAUCUACUCCAAGCACAAGCAGUGGUCCAACCUCGCCACCAAAUACGCCCAGGUCUGGGAAGAUAAGACUCUCGACUUCUUCAAGGUGUCCAUCCCUCAAGCCAAAGCCCAAGAACUAGUCGCAUCCUACAAGAACCAAUCCUCCUUCUCGGGUCCCGACCAAGCCGCCUCAAUCACCGAGGACGUCGUCUUCCACGCCCUCGCCCUCGAUGGCAACAACAACCUCACAAAGGUCGAAGUCAUGAACACGGACGACUGUUUCCGCCACUUCCUCAUCAACGCCACAGACGACACCCAGCUAACCCCCUUCCUCAACAACUCCGCCACCAACAUCCGCCGCACCUUCCCGGCAGGCCUAAUGACCUCCGCCAGCAUGAUCGUCGCAAACCCGGCUUUCGGCGGGGACCCCGUCUACGCACAGAACUGGACUACGGGCGCAUACCACGGCACGGUUAUCUGGUCCUGGCAGCUCGCCAUGAUGGCAAAGGGACUAGAGCUCCAACUCGGCCGGUGCGAAUUGAGCGCCAACUUUUCCGUCUCUGGUGGACACGGGCAAGCGAAAAAGAAGGAAGAAACCGUCGCUCCUAUCCCGGAUUUCUGUGGAGAUGACUCUGUUUACGGGAAUGUCAAGGCAGCGUAUAAUGAGCUUUGGGACUCGAUUGAGCAAAAUGAGAGUCAACUUUCUGGGGAGGUUUGGUCGUGGGUUUAUCGGGAUGGUGAUUUCCAGGUUACGCCUUUGGGAGUGUUGCCGGCACCUGGUGGUGGUUCGCAGACUGAAUCCGAUAUUCGGCAAUUGUGGUCGCUGACUUUCCUAGCUGUGACUAGGAAUAAGGCCUAUCAAUAG